AAACGGGCCCAAAGUCUUCAUCGUCGUCUCCUCAUCGAUUCCUCCGGAGCCUCACAACUUAAAAACCCUUGAUUUAACGGGAAAGGAAAAACCUCUGAAGUGGCGGCCAUGGAAGAUUCUUUCGUCGCAGAGCCACCACUGGAGCCGAAUUCGGACGCGAAUGUCACGUUUGACUCGGAUUGUCUUCAGGUUCCGCCUCUUGAUCCUUUUUUGGGUGAUCAAGACUUUGACCUAGCCGAAAAUUUCGAUAUCGAGUUAUGCUUCGACGAUUUCUUCCCCUCCGAGAACGAGCCAUUCCUCAUCCCUAACCACUCCGACUCCACUGUUGCUCCUCUCCAGUGCGUUGAUACGAACGCCGUUCAACCGGAAUACCAGGGUUUAUCUCCGAUUUCGAUUGAUCAAUCACUCUCUUCAGAUCCUAACGAGUGUUUCAGUAACGGCAGCCGUGACAUCCCCAUUUCUGUGUCGUUUGAGUCAAGGAACUUGGCAGUUCCGGGUAAAAUUCCCGGCGAUCUGACUGCCUCUGACGUUAGUCAAUACCUGAAUUGUUCUUCGGAGGAAUCGGGGAAUUGUGGUCUUGCUGAUGGUGGUCCAGCUAGGGGUCCUAAUGUUGCUUCUCCAGUGUCAUCUCAGGAUUCCAGGAAUAGCGGCUCUGGUGUGUCGGAAGCCACGAAUUCCCCGUUAUCUCCUGAUUCUGGAAAUUUUGUGGUUGAUCAGAGGGUAAAGGAAGAAGGUUUGGGCAACAAUGGUAGCAUUACAAAGAGGAAGAAAGAGACUAGCGAUGACACAAAUGGGGACGCAAGAACUAGUAAGUAUCAAAGAUCAGAAACUGGUAAUAAUACGAGUUCACGGCAACAGUUGAGUGAAGAAGAUGAGAAGCGGAGGGCAAGGCUGAUGAGGAAUCGUGAGAGUGCGCAAUUAUCAAGGCAGAGGAAGAAGCACUACGUGGAGGAGUUAGAGGACAAGGUGAGAUCUAUGCAUUCUGCUAUUGCUGAAUUAAACGGCAAGCUUUCCUAUUUUAUGGCUGAGAACACAAGUUUGAGGCAGCAGUUGAGCGCCAGUGGCAUGUGCCCGCCACCUCCAGGAGUAUAUCCUCCAAUGGGGGGGCCCAUGGCCUAUCCCUGGGUUCCUUGUUCGCCAUAUAUGGUGAAGCCACAAGGCUCUCAGGUGCCCUUGGUCCCAAUUCCUAGGUUGAAACCACAACAGCCUGUUUCGGCAGCAAAGGUGAAAAAGACUGAGAGUAAGAAGAGUGAAGGUAAAACUAAGAAGGUUGCUAGUGUUAGUUUUCUGGGUCUGUUAUUUUUUAUCUUUCUAUUUGGUGGAUUAGUGCCUGUUGUGAAUGUAAGAUUUGGAGGAAUCAGGGACAAUGGUCCUGGUGGGUCUGGUGUUGCAAGUCAUAGUUUCUAUGAUCAGCACAGUGGAAGGGUCUUGGAAGUCAAUGGUCAUUUAAAUAGUUCCCAUGAAAAUUUUGGCAUGGGAUAUAUUAAUGGAAAACUCCAUGUAGGUAAAGCACACUGUGAAAAAGGUCAUACACGAGGAUCAGAGAAGGAGAGAGGAUCACAGCCUCUCUCCAGUUCAGAAGAGUUUGCCCAUUUGGGCAAUUCUAGCGAGCCACUUGUUGCAUCCCUGUAUGUCCCGAGAAAUGAUAAACUUGUGAAGAUUGAUGGAAACUUGAUAAUUCAUUCUGUUCUGGCCAGUGAGAGGGCUAUGGCCUCUAGAAAGGCUCCUGAAAAGAAGAAUAACGAGGAGACUGGUUUGGCCAUUCCUAGAGAUUUGGCCCCAGCUUUUGCUAUUCCUGAUGUUGGAAGCAGCAAGGGCAGGCAUUCUCGAGCAUACAGCAAUCGAAUUGAAGGGCAGAGAGCUCUUACGUCUGGGUCUGCUGAUGCUUUGAAGGAUCAUUUGAAGUCAUCUGCAGCUGAUGGCAAAAUGCAACAGUGGUUCCGUGAAGGCCUUGCAGGACCAAUGUUGAGUUCUGGAAUGUGCACUGAAGUGUUCCAGUUUGAUGUCUCUUCCGCGUCUGCUGGAGCUAUUAUUCCAGCUUCUUCAGUUGCCAAUAUCUCUGCUGAACACAAUCAGAAUGCAACUCGUCACAAGACUCUCAACAAGAGAAAGACUAGAAGGAUUCUUCAUGGUCUUCCUGUUCGUUUUACUGGACGAAAUCAUAAUAUUACUAGAGAGCAUGUUAGAAGGAAUGCUGCUCAGGAAGGCAAUUUUCAGCAUAACAAAUCCGUUUCUUCUAUGGUUGUCUCUAUCCUCGCUGAUCCCAGGGAAGUUGGCGACGUCGAUGUGGAUGGUAUGAUUGCUCCAAAAUCGCUUUCUCGGAUUUUUGUUGUUGUGCUUUUAGACAGUGUUAAAUAUGUUACCUAUUCCUGCGUGCUUCCCCGAGCUGGUCCUCAUCUAGUUACGGCUUGAGGGAUGGAAAGCAGUUGGGAGUUCUUGAAUGACAACUAGGUGCAAUUGUUGACACCAUUUUUGUAAAUGAUGGAAUAAUCGGGUACUUAGGUAGAACUCCUAACUUCAUUAUACACCGUAGUUGCUCUCAACUAUGAGUACUAUGUACUCUUUUAUAGUUUAUACUGAUAGAACUAUAAUCAUAUGUCCCUGCUGAAUGAUGUGUGGUGGACGUUGGAUGUUCAAUAAUCUCAUGUCAUCUGAUUGAGCCAGAGAGCUGGUAACAAGACAUUUUGUGUAUGA